UCUAGGAUAUGUACCAAAAGAGAAAGUGUAUUAUUCUAUAGAAGAGGAUUAGACUACUCAAGGUGCUGGCAAUAGGCCAGAGUAACUGGAACUUGCACAUUUUUUGCUACAGCCAGUUGUAUGACUGUUCAGUUCCCCACUAGGGCGGCCUCUUUUUAGCUGUCAUUUGAGAUUGCUAAUUGGAUGCAGACUUUGCAUAGACAAACAUUGAUUUACAGGAAAUGCAUCGUUUGAGGUUUAUCUGGGAAGUGAGGGGAAGGUCUGAAGCUUUCAGAUAAACCGAUACCAGGAAAGAAUAUGUUAGUGUAGUUGCACUCUGUGGUUCCGUCAGUAUUUGUUAGAUAAUUGGAUAUAUUCAUUGUGUAUAUAUAUAUAUAGUUUAUCAAGUUUUUUAGAACCACAUUAUGUUCAGAUUGUCAAAGUAAAAAUGCCUUUGGGAAGAAUGUGAAUUCUUCUUCUCUGCUAAUGGGAUUUUCUAAGAAGAUUAGCAACAGGAAGUAACCACCAACUUUUGCCACACAGUGAGUUUAAUUUUGCUCCAUAUUGAUAAGUGGUUCAACAGCUCCUUUCGGCACACUUUUAUGGAGUUUGUGAGAAACAGCAGUGGCUAUUGUCCAGCACAACAUAACAUCUUUGCAGACAAGUAAACCUAAGGAGGAACCUGCCAGCUAACAAAUUUGAGUGAAAAGUAUCCAAGUGAUAACAGACUUGGCCUGUUUGGUAUCUCCAGUUGUAUUCUUAUUGCUUUGCAAUGUAUCUCCAAAUGGGGUGACUGAACUGUUGAAUGUAGAUGCAUUUAUAGUUUAAAGGAGAGCGUAGAGGAAGAAGCAGAGACCAAUUUUAUGAACAAUUUAAAGAAGAAUAUUUCAUUCGCUUGCUGCAAUAAGAAACCUACAAUCCUAUGAAGACAGUACACAUAAAUUAGUUUGGAGAUAUUCUGAUCAUUUACAGCCACUACUAACCACCUUCUGUGCCACUGGUUCCAUCCCCAUGGCCCGCAUGAAUCGCCCUGCUCCUGUGGAAGUUUCUUACAAACACAUGAGAUUUCUCAUCACCCACAAUCCUACAAAUGCUACAUUGGGCGUAUUUAUAGAGGAGCUACGGAAAUAUGGUGUAACCACGCUUGUGAGAGUAUGUGAUACCACAUAUGAUAAGAGGCCACUGGAGAGUGAGGGCAUUGUAGUAAUAGAUUGGCCAUUUGAUGAUGGUGAUCCACCUCCAAGCAAAAUUGUGGAUGAUUGGCUAAAUUUACUUAAAACUAAGUUUAUGGAAGAACCUGGAAGCUGUGUAGCAGUCCAUUGUGUUGCUGGCCUUGGGAGGGCCCCUGUACUGGUAGCAGUUGCUCUUAUCGAAUGUGGAAUGAAGUAUGAAGAUGCCAUUCAAUUCAUCCGGCAAAAACGUAGAGGUGCCAUUAACAGCAAACAGCUCUCAUACUUGGAAAAAUAUCGGCCAAAGAUGAGACUUCGUUUCAAGGACCCUAAUAAUCACAAGAACAGUUGUGCCAUCGUAUGAAAUUGAACACUUUCAGUGAACAAUGGUUUACAGCAAUUUUUAUAUAUUAAACAAAAAUAAAAUCCCUUUCAGUUUCCUAUCUUAAAAUCCAAUCCGAUGUUGUUUCUUCCUCCAAGGGUAACUUCAAUAUUUAUUUAUAAUUAAAUCAUCAAAUGAAGGAAAGUACCAUUCUUUAUGACGGCUUAUUGAUUCUGAUUAAAAGCCCUAAGCAAGUUUAUCAUUUGAGGUAGUCUUAUCAUCUUAAAUUCUAUGUUUCCUCUUUGCAAAAGAUAUCCUUGAUUUAUAUGGUGUAUAAUCAAAAUAGAAAUCUGGUGUGAUAACCUAGAGUAAAAAAAGUGCAUUUAGGAAAGUAAUUGUAAAUAUGAUGCAAAUUGACUGAAGUAUGAUUGAUUGGUACUAAUUUUGGCAAAACAUUGUUCUUUAGUCUGAUGAGUUGAUGGUUGAUGAGUUGUGGUUCCUUAUGUUUGUUGAACCAAAUCCAGGUGAAUAUUUAGCAUUUAUAGAGCCUUUGUUUUGUACCUUAAGAUAGUUGCAUUCCUGCGAUUCCACACUUUGUGUUUGUAUACAACAUCCCUGUACAAGAAUCACUAAUCUGUGUGCUUCCAAUUCAAGUGCAAAAUGGCUAUUAUAAUCAUUUUUUGAUGUCUAGUUUUCCACAAACAAACUUUCCUAUGUGCAUUGAAAGUUGACAGUAAUUGUGUACUAAUCCUGAAUUUAAACAUACGAUUUGCCCAAUGACCAACAGAAGGUAACCUAAUGGUUAUCCUCACUGUGGUUGAUGGGUAAGGAAGUGAGGUAACAAGUUUUGAUAUUGAUUGUUUGAGAUAGUGUUUUUUUAAUAGUUAUAUCUAUUUGCCAGGACUUGGUUAAACUGAAGUCUUUGUGUAAUAAAAUAAAAUGCUGGAAAUAUCCAUAUAAUGAAAGACCACUGACAUGAAGCAUUAACUUUAUUUCCCUGCACACAUGAUGUCUGACUUGCUAAAUAUUUCCAGUAUUUUCCAUUUUUAUUUCCAUAUUUCAUAUUUCCAAAGCUUGCAGUUUGUUUUCUGUUUUGCUUUUGUCUUACUGGCAGGUUUUGAACCCAAAUCCCAUAUUUCUUUAGUACAAGCUGGUGGGGUUAAUUAAGGGAAUUUUAAACUGAAUACAGUCUUUUUAAUGUGAUAAAUUUUGCAGUUGAAUAGGAAAUGUCAAAGUGUACAUUCAUACUAUAUGUAUAAUUACAGUGAAAACUUUGUUCAUUUUAAUUCUGCUUUAGUCAAAAUUCAGGUGUAUUGGAGCGUGAACUCUUGGAAGAUAAUAUUCACUCUGCUGAUCAGAACAUUACGACUAAUUUAUUUCACAUAUGGCUUUAUUGAGGCCACUGCACUGAAGCUAAACUUGCCUUAUGAAUGCCACGUUACUGAAGUUUUGCCUUUUUCCUUCUGUUAUUUAUUCGUAAUAAAAGCUAAAUACUGGAAAUGCACAGCAGGUCAGGCCAUAUCUGUGGAGCAGGUGAUGGCUGACCAUUCAAGAAAACAAAUAACAAAUGGUUUGCAAGCCCUAAGCAGUGAUACCCUAAGAAUUAGGGCAAGCAUUUAAUCUCAUAUUGUGCCUUUGUCAUCUACUUAAGAUUUCAUAACUCUGAAUUGUUUUUGUCCAUGGAGAAAGAAAACCCUAUGAAUGACGCCCAGGUUUCAUUCUAAGUUCAGCUCAGGCAUAACUUAUAGAAAACUCAUCUGUCCAUGAGAACAGUAACUUCUUUGUUGUAGUGAAGUACAACUAUAUAAAUAGUGUAAGUCAGCUUAAUGCUGUGCAACUUUUCUGUGAUCUAUACAUUAUUAACCAUUUACAGUGUAACUAGAACUUUAGCUGUUAGAAGUUUCUAAAGAAUGUGAGGUCAUCCAGUCAGGGUUUUUGUUUUUUUAACUUUUUACACCAAUUUCCACAUCUUCCUUCUAUGACAGUCCAUUAAUGAAAUUAACAACAAUUUACAAAACCUAGCUGGUUUGCUGACUUUUUGUUAUGCUUCUGUUCUUGGGCUGCAGUUAACAUGUAAAAUUAUAAUUGUGGAGGAUUUGUGCAAGUUCAAAAUAUGGGCUUGGAAAUUCAACUAUGCAGUGCUCACCUUUCAGGUACCAAACAGUUUUAUAAACUCCCAGAUUAAUAUUUGUUACACACAAACCAGGAGGUUGAACUCUUUAAAUCUUGUUUCUAUUCUAACAUGUUAGACAUAAUGUAAGGUAAAAUGUAAUCCUAACAUCACAAAACAAAUUUCAACAUCAGUGCACAGCACAGAAUGAUGGAGGCAUGAAUGAGAGUUCAGUUAUACACAUGACUGAAAUCGUUUGUGUGUUCCUUUUCUGUCUUCUAUAUACAUACUCUCAAUAGGCAAUAGAGAGGAGGGAAGGCUAGAUACACUCAAUCCAAUCAUUUUGCACGUCUGAUUGGUUGAUUGUGUGAUUAAAUUGAAGAGUGUUUCUACUUUCCAUAAAAUAGAACUGAAUCUAGUCAGACUUGUGACCCGAGAAUUCAUUUCUGCUGAAAGUAACCAUGAGGCAUUGUUAUUGGCAAUACAAUAAAGGUAUCAGAAAGCAGAACAAUUUGUUUGUGCAGUAUGCAGAACUGUAGUAAGUGCUAAGUACUAUAAUGUACAUAUUUUGUACUUUGAUACAAAAAAGUGAACAACUAUAAAAUCAUGUGAUAUCAUUAAAUGUCAAUACUUGUUAUUGGUUCUAUUUAUCCCACCGAAAUGAAACUUGCAUUUAUUAAACAUUUCCACUAGCCAAUCCUUCAAAAUAUCAGUGUCAUUUAAAUAUAAAAGUAAAUACUAUCUUUUGUUAACUUUAUAAACAUUUUACUAAAAAUUUCUAAGUACACCUAUGUUUUAAUGAGUUUACAGAUUAAGACAAGUAAACAAGUUACUUUCAUCCUUUUAAAAGUAUAAGCUUAAAAAGAAAAGCAAUUCAUUGCUUCAACAGUCAAUACAUUCUGUAAUAUCCUGUUCCACAUUAUUUUUAGUAACAUUUACACAAUCUGAUGUAGAUUGGAGUUAAACAAUGUUGAAAAAUUGCAGUGCACAAGUUGUAUAAAGGCAUUGCUUGAUUAACUGCCUCCUGCAAAUUAUCUUGGAGUUGUAGUGAUUUUAAGUAGAAAGUACUAUGUACAUGUUUUUUUAAAAGGAAUGUAUAAGAUUUCAUUAUGAAUCCUGUGUGCCCAAUUUUUAUUAAUAGCUGAUGUGGCAGCAUUGUAUAUAAAAACUAUUAUUUGCUCCAUGCACCAUCCUCAAAGGAUAUGAUGGCAUUGCACAAACAUUUUUCUCUUUAAACAUGGUAUGAUCUAAAUCUCUUAUUUGAAAUAAUGGUGCUAAUAAUCAGCAGUUUCUUCCUACAAGAAGGAAAAACUUGUGUCCUUUUAAUCUUUGUUGAUAUUUAAGGUAACUGAAUUUAGGACCAUGUAGCAAAAGAAUCUUGAUUCACACAGGGAAGUGUUGUGAAAAGGACAAUUACAUCUGGUUCAUCCAAGUCAGAGAGUCGAUGUCUGAAGCUAUUUUAAGAGAUGAGAAUGUUGUUUCAGUUGAUGCAGGAACUGUUUCAUUUAGACUGUGUAACCCCUAAAGUAGUAGAUUGUCAGCUGUAAAAGGCUCUAAGGAAACAAGGUUGGUCUGGGCUUUGGGUCUUUAAUACUUUAUUGAAAUAUAGUUAUUUAUCUCAGUGCAAUUUAUAGAAGUCUACUGAAUGUACUGCUUACAGUUUCCUCCGAAGCCAUUAGUUUCUUUCUAGAAUGAAAGUUGAAAGUGGGACAAAAAAGAGAGAUUUGUGCUUUUUGUACUAAAUAAUGUGACGAUAAUUCUUCGCUCAUAUAACAUCAUGAAACAUGCAGUUAUCUUUUUUGAUACUGAGUUAGUUAUACACCACACUAAACUCUCAAGCUGUCAUCUCACACCAUCUUAACUGGGGCAGAACAGGCUGGAUAAUGACAGUUGGCAAACCACACAAACUCUUGUUAGCACAAUUGUGCAUACCACAAUUAACAUCCUUCAUGGUAGAAACUGAUCUUGGUGUAUAGUGGUCAAAUUAAACUUCAGCACUUGAUCUUAUACAGGCAAUAAACAAAGGUGUCGUUGAGACUUUGGCACUACUUUUUCUUGUUUUGUUUUGAAAAUUAUGAUGGGGAAUUUGCGUAAUUUCCUAACAAGCUGACUCCUUUCAUUUGUGAUCAAACUUGAAGCUUAAACUGUCUUGACUGUUUUAGUGCAUCAAUUUUUAUCCUAUUUUAACAAAAGUAUUAAAAUAGUUAACACAAAAAUGCAACAAUUUAACUAAAGAGAGAGAACCUAUUUCUGUGAAUAAGAAGUGAAUGGACAAGAAAGUGUGUGGGGGGGGGGAGAGAGAGUAUAAGUUAGGUUUAUUUCUAUUCAAAGUGCAAACAGUUAUGUUCCCACAACCUAAUUCCAUGCACAAAGCUUUUAAGCAUUCAGGAAUCUGCAUUGAACACACUUCCCUAGCAUGACUGGGACCUCAUUUCCUUUAAUAAUGGGCCCUUUUUUAAUUCCUGAGCACUCCCUCUUAAAUUGGGCUCAUUAAUCGGAUGGGUUUAGUUGGUGUGUCACAUUGUAGUAUUAUGUCAUUUGGGGACAGAAUGGGAAACACCUGUGUGAACCAACUUUGUUUCACUUGAAUUGCAUUUCCUGUUAAAACAUUGUUGAAAAGCAUUUCACAUAGUGAAGCAGAAGAAACACAUAGAGAAAUGUAUUAAAUUAUAUUUGCAUGUACUUGUUACAGUGAUUAGAAGGAUGGCUGUUACUUGCUUUUAUCACAAGGCUUGAACUUGCUUAAUGUGAUAAUUUACAAAGGUAAAAUGUAAUCUCCAAUAGUGAAAUUGCACAUCAUUAUCUGAAGUGGUUUUCACUUCCUAAUACUGAACAAGCUAACUUAAUUGCCAAUGAUCUUAUUUAGUAGACAAACAUGUAGCAGUAUUCAAAUUUGCAAGUUUUGCUUGUGAAUAGAUAGCCUAGUGUACUGAAUUCAUUAAUGGGUUUGAAACUUAUGGAUUGUAUCUGAAAGAAAAAUAUUCCCUUGUAUAUAAUAAUUGUAAGCUGUGAAGUCCUGUAUGGUUAAUCUUACUAUUGGUGAGUAGUACUCCCCUGUGCUAGAGAUGGUGUACUAAAAUUGCUUCAUUUUUGCCUGAAGUUUCAGAUAAUAAAUCUGAGCUCAGUGGCCUUCAUUUUAUAGAAAUGGUAUAUGAAGUGUUUACAUAUUUAAAACGUGUGUACAGACAAUAAUGUAAUACAUUUUUUAGUGUUUGUGUUAUAGGCUUGCAGAGUAAAAAACUUAAUCUUUCAAUAUACAGAAUUAUAUAUCCUACUACCUUGAAUCCAAAUACUAAUGUUUUACUGAGUAACAAAAGUGCCAGUCUCCUUAGCAGAUGGGGAACAGUGAGAUUUGGUCUUCAUUGCGCUCUAGUAACGUUUUUUGAUUGAACUAAAUUUUAUUCAUCCAGUUGCUUUAAAGAACGUGACCUGCUUUGUCUUUUUUAUUGUCUGAAUUAGCGAAGAAUUGAAAGACUUCACAAUAUUCCUCUCAAAUCAUUUGAAUAGAGAUUUUUUACUUUUAAUAUUUGUUAGUAACUUAUAUUCUAGUUGAGACUUUUUGCUUCCUACAAUAAAUAGGGAACCAAUGGUAAAAGAGAGAGUGAUUAAAAUGCUUAUCUUACCAAUAAAAAAAGUUUGAAAUUGAUUAUAAUUACAUAGUCCAGUUCUAAUGAAUCCUGACUAAUUUCACAUGCUAUGCUGUUAAUUUGUCCCAAGGUCAAAUAAGCUACGCUGCAAAGAUAAAAUUGCAGUAGCGUAAGAAACAUCCUCUGAAAAUGGCUUAAAAGUUUUUUAUGUGGGGGGAAAACAGGAAGUUUACGCCCACAGAACUUGUCCAAAUUAACAAUGAAUCUGAAUUUAUCUACUAUACUUAGAUGGAGCUAAUGUGGCUGAAAGUUUGAUAUCCAGCCUUUGAUUUUUUUUUUUGUGGCCUGCAAAGUAUUGUUUUAUGUCAGACUGCUGGUUUGUUGUGGACAAUUUUUAGUGUUCAAAACAAUUGUAAUUACUAUUUGCCUCCAGCAAGGUAAAUAAAAGGGGCUUUCAUUUUCACAACACGUAUUCGUUUUGAAUUUGUUAGAUACAAGUCAUGUCUUGCCAAAGGAAAGAAAAUUAUAUUAACACUUUGAUGGUAGACCACUUGGAGUUGAAAAAACAAUUUCAAGAAGCACUGUUCAUGUUCUGGUACCUGUGAUUGGGUACCUGGAUGUUCCUGUUUAUUCUGCAUCCCCACAAGAACGAUGAAAGCAGUGAUCUUAAAGCUGUAGGUCAAAUUAGCGGUUAAAAUUCACAAUCUUUCUUUGGAUUCUUGAUUGCCUCAGGCACUUCCUUC